AUGUGUUUUCCGCAGCUGGCCUAUAAGUUGACAGCCUGUGAAGGCAGCGUGGAUGAAUACUCGGGUUAUGGUGUCUCGUGCUUCUGCCCGGCAGGCCAAGGGCGCCUGACCCCAAAUGAUCCCUGUGCAACCUGUGACAAAGGCCAUUUCAAUCCUGGCGGCCUGCAUUACAACUCGGCCGACUUUGUCACAUGGACCUCUAACAAGGCUGAUGAUGGUUACUUUCAUCAAGUGGAAGAUGGCGUGUUCAUCACCUGUCAGGGCUCUGAUACCAGCUGCAACAGCUGGACAUAUGAUCCCGUUGACACGGGUGUCUUGAGCAGUGGUGACAACAGCAACUACUCCAACAUUGACUCAACUCUCAUCUUUGAGAUCAAGUUUGCUAGUGCUAGCGGCAAUGCGCUGCGCUUUUCUUAUCGUGUGGACAGCAGCUGCUCCUCCUACCUCUCUACGUGCAAUGGACUUUCUGUCUACCUGGGAUCCACGCGCAUCGUGCCAGCCAUUUCUGCCAGCAUUUAUGAGGUUGGCAACACCUUGGGCUACGUGACGUUUGAUUCCACCGAGCGCCCGGACGUUCAACAGCUCUUGACUCGAGAAUCUGUUGAGCUUCGCUUUGUGUACCACAAAGGCCUGUACAAGAGCGAUGCUACCGAUCGGGCCUACCUUCGCUACCUGACCGUAGUCAACGGCGUAUCAGACCAGCGUUUCAACGAUCAGUGUCUCCCAUGCCCCAGUGGUCACUUCAGCAACACCACUGGUGCUGCCCAUUGCCAUGCCUGCCCAUGGUUUACCUAUGCAUCAGCCCAGGGGGCUACUUCCUGCGACGCAUGCUCCGACGAUACCAUCGCUCAAGAGGCCCAGUCUUCUUGCCAAGAUUUGCCGCCCUGCACUGAGGAAGAUGUGGUGACGAUCGAAUCACCCGUAUCGCAAUGCAUGUUGCAACCCUCGCUCGAGUUUGGGCCGUGGCGGGAUGAGCCGGUGCGCAUGCUCCCCAACAACACAUGCCCUUCCGGCAACGUCUUUUGCACGAGCUGUCAGGGCGAUUGCGCUCCGGAGGAGAAUGGCUGGCGGCCCCGUGGCGACUACAUCUCAAGUGGACGAUCACUUGGAGAGAUGGAAACCACGCUGCUUUUCCCCGAUAUUGCCGUGAAUACAGAGCCCGUGAUCCGUUGGGCCUGUAAAGUAGAUUGCCGCCUCGAGCGAGAUCAGUCGGCGCGCGCCCCCACCAAGGACUGCUUCAUGGAAAUGAUCAUUUCGAACGAUACAAAUGUGUUGCAUCAGACCAAUUGCUCGACGAGCUACUCCCCUACUAGUUCAUAUGUGUACUGGAGCAACUAUCAACUGGAUAUUCCCGCUCAGAACAUUGACAUCUCCUUUCGGUUCUACCAAGCCGAUACCAGUGCCGACUCCAUAAUGGAGGCUCGGCUGUAUGGCCUCACAGUUGAUAAUACUGUUUCGGGCGGCGCUGACGAGUGUGAGCCGUGCCCAAUGGGUCAGCACCUGGUCAACGGGACCUGUGCUGCCUGCCCUGCAGGCUCGGAGAGCACGUUCCCUCCAAGUGAUCGUUGUCAACCCUGUACCGGCAACUCCUUCAACCCGAGUGCCGGCAGCAUUGUAGAUCACACCGGCUGCGACCUUCACCAGUGCCAGUUCACGGGCAGUGUGUCUGGAGCCCACUACGACCUCUCCAAGUUUGUAACCCACUCGCCGUUGCUAGGAGACCCCAACGGCCCGAUGAUGACUAUUGCGGCUGAUUUCAGCAGUGUAUCUUAUCCCGUUCUGUACAUGUUCAACCCCUGCUACACCACGCAUCAAAAUGAUGCCUGCGUCGAUCCCGAUACAAACAAGUCCUUGCCUUCCAUGGCAUGCUACCGCGGCUACUCAAGUUCCUUUAGCAUCGGCGAAACGCUUGGUUUUCAAGAGGAGGCUCAGGGUGUCACUCGCUUGACAUUGACCACACAAGUUACGCCGACCUUUUCGCGCAAAAGCAUCAUCAAUCUCAUGUGUGACCCCGCCAGUGGGCGGGGAUCGCCCGUGGCCGCCGCUGAAAGUGGCCGGGUGUACAUUGGGCGAUUUACCUACGCCGUCAACUGGACCUCGGUCUAUGCUUGCCCAGAAUGUCGGUUGGAUUCAGAAGAUGUGUAUAUUAUUAACAAGGGCAUUUGCAUCAAUGGUGCACGGCUGCAAGAGUAUGCCCCGGCGGCACUGUGUGUUGUUUUGGCACCGUCAGUAACCAUCGAGUGCAACCCGGAUAUCCCGCCGCUUGACCAUGGCGUGGAUCAGGUCCAGCUGGUCAUCUACCUUGCGGUCAAGGAAACCAUCGGUCUCCAGGAGUUGGAGCGGUUUCCGGUGGAGUUGGCUGCUUUGCUCACGGGAGUGUCUGCAGACAACAUUGAGGUCGCCUAUCUUGAGGUGACCAAGGCCGCAGUCACGCUGGUUACCUCGAACGCAGACCAAACCAUUUCCGAGCUGAAGCAGCAUUUGGCCAGUGGGCAGUCUACACUAGGCACGCUAUUGUCGGUGGAGUAUGCAGCUGAUGCCACCACAACCCGGGCCGGACAAUCUGCACACUCCAAGUCCAAGGACAAGCUCGUGGCGGGUUUGGUGGUCGGGCUACUGCUGGUCGUGGCGGCAGUCGGCGUGGUGACCUAUCAUUUCAUGCAGUUGAGACGGCGUCAUUACCAGCUUCUGGAAGUGGCGAGUGGCGUGGAGGGUGAUGAUGCAGCCUUUGAUUUGGAGCAUGACGAGGGUGGGGUUGUGCACAACAUGGACGCCGUGACUCUGGACAGUAGCCUCGGUAGCACCUGGGCGCUCGGAUUUGAAGGAGGUGUGCGAUCGUUUGUCAUACUUUUGCCUUUUUGUCAGCACGUGACGGCACAGGGGAGAGAGGGAGAGCGAAGAGAGAGAGAGAGAAAUACAUGUAGAGACAGAGACAGAGACAGAGACAGAGACAGAGACAAGACAGAGACAGAGACAGAGACAGAGAGAGAGACAGAGACAGAGACAGAGAGAGAGAGAGACAGAGACAGAGACAGAGACGAAAGCACAAGUUUGCAUUUUUCUUCUCUCUCUCUUGCCAUUGCCAAUGUGUGUGAAUCACUGACACCAAGGCACAGCUUCAUCAUGGACGCUGCUGCCAAGAACCCAACGACCUCGGCCAUCGAGGCCACCAUUGCUGCUGGCGGUGAUGCCAAAGCUGCCAUUUCCAUCGGCGUCAUUGGACUUGGCACGAUUGCCACUGCCUUUGUUCGUGGCCUGCUGCAGUCGCGGCGCAGCGCGCAGUUCCAUUUCGUCGUGUCCCGCCGCAGCGAGCGCAACAGCCAGGCCUUGCUGGAAGCCUACCCCGACCAGGUGCGCGUAUGUGAUGACAACCAGGACGUGGUUGAUGCCUGCGAAGUGUUGGUGCUGGCUGUGCGCACCCCAGAUGCGAAGACGGUCCUCUCACCCCUCAAAGCACACGCGGAGCAACUGCUGUUGACCUUUAUGGCCACCAUUCCCUCCCCGGACCUGGCCGACUGGAUGAAGGCUGACGUCAGCCGCGUUGUGCGAGCCGUGCCGCUCCCACCCAUUGCGUAUCAGCGGGGUGCCACAAUUUAUGCACCCCGUCACCCCCUCGUGCACGAGCUCUUCGAUCUUGUGGGCGUGGCCAUCCCCGUCAGCAAUCCAGAACAGCUGCGCGGUCUCCAGGCCAUCACAUCCCUCAUGGGGCCUGCUUACGCUCAAAUGCUCGCGGCGCAGCGCUGGUGUGAAGCCCACGGCGUUCCCAGCGAAGCGGCCGUCACCUUCGUCUCCGAAUUCUACUCAAGCAUCUGUGACGACGCCCGCCUGCGACAACGACAAAUGCGGGCCGAAGGCGAAGACAUCAGCCACCUCUUCCAAGAACUUGUCAAUGAGCAGACCCCGGGUGGUCUGAAUGAAAGAGCCAUUGGUGACAUGACAGCGCUCGGUGCCUACGAUAGCUUGGCCCGAGCCUUGGACAACACAAACCUUCUGCUUCAAGGCGUGGUGGUUGAUGCCGAAGGCAAUGGUGCAGCAUAAACCCUGCCCCAAACCCCUUUUUUUUUCGAGAGGCCUAUACACGGACUGCAUACCAUUCACAUGCCAUUGCAAGCUAUUUGAGAC